AUGGCAUUAAAUUUUGUCAUGUGGAAUGAAGAGUUGGUUUGGAAAACCAAAGAUGAGUUGCUCUUAAGAUGCUUAGGGAAAAAAGAAUACAUGAAAGUCAUGAGAGAAGUCCAUGAGGCAAUUUGUGGAGCACAUCAAGGCGGAAGGAAGAUGUGUUGGUUGAUUAGGAGGUAUGGUUACUUCUGGCCUACCAUGAUGAAAGACUGCAUAGAAUAUUCCAAGGGAUGUGAAGCUUGUCAAAGACAAGGUUCAAUCCAGCAGACUCCCUCAGUCCCCAUGAAUCCAUUUGUCAAGCCAUGGCCAUUCAGAGGAUGGGCGUUGGACCUCAUUGGAAAAAUCUAUCUAGCCAGUGGCAAACAACAUUGUUUUAUCAUAGUGGCUACAGAUUAUUUCACCAAAUGGGUAGAAGCCAAGCCAGUCAAAUCCACCACAUCUCAAGAGAUCAUUAACUUCAUAGAAGAACAUAUCGUGCAAAGGUUUGGCAUACCAAAAUCAAUUACCACUGACAGGAGAACUUCCUUCAUAUCCAGAGAAAUGCUAGAUAUGGUAGAAGCAUUCAAGUUCAAACUACUUCAAUCCACUCCUUAUUAUGCCCAGGCUAAUGGACAGGCAGAAUCAAGCAACUAG